AUUACAUAUUCGUCAAAUUGUAAAACAACGCAAUCGAAAACAAAUUUUUCUCUUCUAGAAUACAAUUGAAGAAUAUAUUUAUUUGUUUUUAUUCUUAAAAGUUAAUCAAUCAGUAAACAUGACGGCAAUUGCUGGAGGCCACGGUGAGCCAAAUCCUAACGCUACUUGGUUGAGUGCGCGUGGGAUGUGGUUAGCGUAUGGCUUGGGUGUGUUGGCAGUGCAUUUGAUUCUGUUAUCAGUUCCAUUUAUAAGCAUUCCAAUUGCGUGGACUCUCACAAACUUGCUACAUAACGCCGCUCAUUUGUAUUUUUUGCACAUAAUCAAGGGUGCACCCUGGUUAAGUAUUGAAAAUGACUGCGCACGUCGCUUAACGCAUUGGGAGCAAAUCGACAAUGGUGAACAAUUUACAACAACGCGAAAGUUCCUCACGGCUGUUCCAAUUUUAUUAUUCCUGCUCACCUGCAUCUAUACAAGGAAUGAUCCCGAUCAUUUUAUUGCCAACUUUAUUUCGCUUGUGCUGGUUACCUUACCAAAAUUACCGCAGUUCCACGGUGUACGUCUCUUUAACAUAAACAAAUACUAAUAUGUCAAUAACAGUUAGGUUAGAUUUCUGAGUUCGAGAUAAUGAAUAAUAUUGUUUGUAUGAAAUUUA